AUGAAUUCGGCACAAGAGGAACGUAUUGCAAGAUGGUUGCAAGAAGAAACAGAUGAAGAGGUGAUUGGUGGGGAUGCGGAUGAGGAUGAGGGUGAGGAGACAGUGCCUCAAAUAAGUGAGCACGAGACGGAUACCGAGGAGGAUGGUGAUUCUGACUCUGAAACUGUUGCGGAAGAUCAAAACAUGACUUCAGAUGGUGAGGACGACAUUCCCGUGUCCUAUUUUCAAUCGUCGGCGUGUUAUGUGGUCAAAAGAAAAUUGAGAAAUGGUAGAAUAGAAACAGUUUACAGAUGGAAGAAACAACCAACACCACCUACAUGUCGUACACGCCGUCAAAACAUUGUAACUCAUUUGCCAGGACCUAAAAACAUAUGUAGCGGAGUUGAUACUGCAGAAAAGGCUUGGAAAUUACUGUUUUCAAAUGAAUGGUUACAAAAGAUUGUAAAUUACACCAAUCUGAAAAUCCAAUCUCAGAAACAAAAUUAUCAGAGAGAUCGAGAUACCGCUGAAACAAAUAUGAUCGAAAUAAGAGCAUUGAUAGGGUUAUUAUAUCUGAUUGGUCUAUAUAAAUCAUCACAUGUGCAUGUUGAUGAUAUUUUCAGCACUGAUGGCACAGGAUUGGACAUUUGUAGAGCAGUGAUGUCAGUCCAAAGAUUCAAGUUUCUCAUGCGGCAUCUGAGAUUCGACGACUUGAAUACGCGUGAUGAACGAAAGGCUGUUGAUAAACUGGCACCUAUAAGAGAAUUGAUAGAAGAGUUUGUCCAGGCAUCCCAACAAUGUUAUUCAGUCGGCGAGUAUGUAACUCUAGAUGAAAUGCUCGAUCCUUUCAGAGGGAAAUGUAGUUUUAGGCAAUAUAUGCCCAAUAAACCCGCAAAGUAUGGGAUAAAAAUACAAGCGCUAGUGGAUGCUCGUUUAUUCUACACCAUAAAUUUGGAGGUUUAUGUGGGAGUUCAACCAGCAGGGCCGUAUGCUGUGGAUAACUCUACAACCGCCGUCACAAAGCGAAUGAUACAACCAAUAUCUGGCACUGGUCGCAACGUUACCAUGGACAAUUGGUACACAAGUGUACCGUUGGCUGAAGAUUUGUUGACACAGCACAACUUGACUGUUGUUGGUACAAUAAAAAAAAACAAACCCGAAAUACCUGAUGACUUCAAGAAAAAGGGCCGCGAAGUUUCCUCAUCUUUAUUUGGAUUUGGCAAGAACCACAGUACGCUUGUGUCAUAUUGUCCCAAAAAGAAUAAAGUAGUUCUGCUACUUUCGACCAUGCACGAUGAUGCUUCAGUAGAUGAAGGAACCCCGAAAAGAUUGCCAGAAAUUAUAUCCUUUUAUAAUUCGACAAAAGGGGGCGUUGAUGUUGUGGAUCGCCUAAAACUGAAUUACUCUCGCGUACUGAUACUUCCUAACUGGCCGGUGUCUCCGGAAGACCAGCGUUGGGGUGUUGCAAUAUGCCUCGACUAA